AUGCCAUUACUACGGGUUUCACCGCCAAGGCUGUUCUCCAUUCCCUGUGCCUCCAAGUGGGCCCUGCUGGUACUGCUGGCCGAUGCCGUUCUCACGGCCGCUGUCGUCGCGAAGGUGCCGUUCACAGACAUUGACUGGGAGUCAUACAUGGCCGAGGUGGACUUUGUGCUGGCAGGGCAGUAUGACUAUCAGGAAAUCACGAGCCCCAAUGGGCCCAUCGCCUAUCCUGCGGGCUUUGUCUGGUUCUACGGGGCGCUCCGGUGGGCUCGCCUGGAGGUUCGCCAAGUGCAGGCACUCUUUGCCGUGAUUUAUCUCGGCAUGAUGGUAGUGCUUCACCAGAUUUAUCACCACGCGGGCGCGCCGCUGUGGGUCUUUGCGCUUUGCGUCUUGAGCAAGCGAGUUCAUUCCGUUUUCGUGCUGCGGCUCUUCAACGACGCGGUGGCCCAGUUCUUCUGCUAUGCCGCGCUGCUCCUCUUCCUCCAAAGAAGGCACCUGAUGUGCUCACUGAGCUACUCGCUGGCAGUCAGCAUCAAGAUGCAGCCGUUGCUAAUCUGCCCAGUGGUGGGCCUGUGCUUGGUGGCCAGUGGCGGAUGGUCUCAUGCUUUGCUGUGCAUCGCCUGCAUGCUCGCUCUUCAGCUGGUUUUGGCAGUGCCCUUCCUCCAUGCCAACGCGCCGGCGUACCUUGGCCGCGCGUUUGGAGGGCCUGGAGAUCUGCAGCCUGCCUGGUCGGUCAAUUGGCGCUUCCUCCCGGAGGCGCUCUUCUCGAGGAAGGAGCUCUCGAUCCUGCUGCUCCUGGUGCAUGUCCUCCUUCUGCUUUGGUUUGCACAGGUUCGCUGGAUAGAUGGUGGAUUCUUGAGCAGGACCAUCCGAAAGUGGCGCUGCUCGGCGUGUCUCAGCGACCAAAGUGUCGUGGCCAUGUGGUUCACCUGCAACUUCAUUGGCAUUGCCUGCCUGCGCACGAUGCAUUUCCAGUACCUGGUUUGGUACUUCCAUACCAUCCCCUACCUGGCCUACUGUUGUUUCGGCAGCGGCCGGCUGCACCAUGCUGCAGCUACAGCGAUCAUCACGCUGCUGGUAGAAGUGCCCUUUAUCGUGACGACCCACGGAGAGGUGCGCGGUCCGGAUGGACGUCGUUGGACCUCUCCCGGUUUGCCAACCAGCCUGGGAAGCAUACUUCUUCAGGCAACCCACUGGUUUCUGCUGUUUGGACUCCUGGUGCAGAGCUGCCGGAAAGGCAAGACGGACUAG